GAGCUCUGCUCCAUAAAACUCGGAGAGUGCACCAAAACCUGGUCAGUAUUGAUUUCCACUCCAAACCGGCAGCUGCUCUGUUUUCUUCCAAACCAAAUAAAACAACUUUGCGAAAAUGGGAAAGCCACAAUUCGGUUACUGGGACUUGAGAGGGUUGGGUCACGCCACCCGUUUCGCCCUCGCCUACAUGGGUGUGGAUUACGAGCACGUCGUCUACAUCGAAAAUAACGAGGAAGCCGGUGGCGAGAAGACUUGGGCUCAUCAGAAACCCAAGUUGGGAAUGGAUGCUCCCAAUCUGCCCUACUGGUUCGACGAUAAGGUCAAGCUGACCGAGUCCUUGGCCAUUUUGAAGUAUGUCGUCCGCAAGUAUAAGCCAGCCCUUAUGCCGACGGACUUGGUCCAAUUGUCGAAAGUUGAGCAGACCGAGGGCGUCAUUGCGGACACGUAUUCGUACAUUUUCGCUGCGGCGUAUUCAGGAACGGACAAGGAGAAGGAACGAUUUGAAUCUGAGACUCCCAAAAAGGUGGAAAUUCUCUCGAAAUGUUUAGGAGACAAGAAAUUCUUGUUGGGAAAUGAGAUGUGCUACUUGGACUUUGUUCUCUUCGAACAAUUCUCCAUGUUGACCAAGUAUCGUCCUGACCUUGUCCCAAAAAAUUUGCAAGCAUUUGUCUCCAACCUUGAGAAAAUUCCAGAAAUCGCGACAUACAUCAGCUCCCCGACCUUCAUCAGUUCACCGUUUUUUGGGAGGACGUCUCUUGCCCAAGUGUAGAUUGGCAGAUUUUAAAAAAAUCAUGCAAUAUUUUCUUGAAGAGAUUAUAAAAUCAAAAUAAAUAUUUUAUUGGAAAAUAAAAUCAUCCAUUAUUGCGAAAUAUGA